CGUGUGCAGAAGUCCUUCUUGUUCUGGUCCUUGUUCCCGUCUGAGUACCAGCUCCCCACUGCCCUGAGGGCCAGCGGGCCUGCGGCAGAGGGAAGGAGAAGGAGAAGAAGGAAAUUGUCCCGGAUUCUUGCAGCUUUCCAAGACAUCUGUCCCGCCCGCAGCCCAUUUCGAUGCUGCGAAAUGUCUUUCCGUAGGUUGCGGCACUACGCCAGGCAAGAGAAGAGGAAGGAAAUUAACCCCAAUCGGUGAAGGUCGAUUUGAGGGUCUGCUGUAGCAGGUGGCACCACUUGAAGCGAGGGAGGAAGUUUCCUCGGAUCAGUAGAGAUUGCAAGGGUUGUUGGGCGUGGCACACCUCCAGGGGAGGGAAAAAGGGACAGACUGCCUGUCUGGAGGAGGUCCACCUCCAGUGUCAGCUACUGUGGCCUUGAAGUGGCUGAAGACAAUCACCUUCCACAGGCCUGCACCCAGGCCCAUAGCCCUCCUCUCCCAGCCUGAGUGAAUACUCUGUUCCUUGGUCCCUGCUAUUGUCAGGGACGAUUGCAUGGGCUACGCCAGGAAAGUAGGCUGGGUGACUGCGGGACUGGUGAUUGGGGCUGGAGCCUGCUAUUGCAUCUAUAGACUGACCCGGGGAAGAAAACAGAACAAGGAGAAAAUGGCUGAGGGUGGGUCUGGGGAUGUGGAUGAUGUUGGGGACUGCCCUGGGGCCCGGUACAAUGACUGGUCUGAUGAUGAUGAUGACAACAGUGAGAACAAGGGCAUAGUGUGGUACCCACCUUGGGCCCGGAUUGGGACUGAGGCUGGAACCAGAGCAAGGGCCAGAGCAAGGGCCAGGGCGACCCGGGCUCGCCGGGCUGUUCAGAAACGGGCUUCCCCCAAUUCAGAUGAUACUAUUUUGUCCCCGCAAGAGCUGCAGAAAGUUCUUUGCUUGGUUGAGAUGUCUGAAAAGCCUUAUAUUCUUGAAGCAGCUUUAAUUGCUCUGGGUAACAACGCUGCUUAUGCAUUUAACAGAGAUAUUAUUCGUGAUCUGGGUGGCCUCCCAAUUGUAGCAAAGAUUCUCAAUACUCGGGAUCCUAUAGUUAAGGAAAAGGCUUUAAUUGUGCUGAAUAACUUGAGUGUGAAUGCUGAAAAUCAGCGCAGGCUUAAGAUAUACAUGAAUCAAGUGUGUGAUGACACAAUCACUUCUCGCUUGAACUCAUCGGUGCAGCUGGCUGGACUAAGAUUGCUUACAAAUAUGACUGUUACUAAUGAAUAUCAGCACAUGCUUGCUAAUUCCAUUUCAGACUUUUUUCGCCUAUUUUCAGCGGGAAACGAAGAAACCAAAUUUCAGGUUUUGAAACUCCUUUUGAAUUUGGCUGAAAAUCCAGCCAUGGCUAGAGAACUGCUCAGGGCCCAAGUGCCCUCUUCGCUUGGUUCCCUCUUUAAUAAGAAGGAGAACAAAGAGGUUAUUCUUAAACUUCUGGUCAUAUUUGAGAACAUAAAUGACAAUUUUAAAUGGGAAGAAAAUGAACCUACUCAGAAUCAAUUCAGCGAAGGUUCACUGUUUUUCUUUUUAAAAGAAUUUCAAGUGUGUGCUGACAAGAUUCUGGGGAUAGAAAGUCACCAUGAUUUUUUGGUGAAAGUAAAGGUUGGGAAAUUCAUGGCCAAACUGGCCGAGCGUAUGUUCCCAAAGAGCCAGGAAUAACUUCUUGAUUUUGUAGUUUAGAAGCAACACACAUUGUAAAACUAUUCCUUUUUCUCCACCUUGUUUAUAUGGUAAAGGAACCCUUUCAGCUGCCAAUUUUGAGUGAUGAAUAUCAUUGUAUCAUCAACGCUGAUGUUUAUCUGAGUCGGUUUUCAGGUCUAAGCUGGAUGAAUGGAUAUCACUACCUGUUCUGAAAACAUGUUUGUUGCUUUUUAUCUCGCUGCCUAGAUUGAAAUAUUUUUACUAUUUCUUUUGCGUGACAGUGAACCGGUUGGUCAUAAGUAAGCUCCCUCCUGUCAUUUGCAUUAACUUUGUGUAUCAUCAAUAAAGUUGUGUGUUAAUGCUGAAAAAAAAAAAAAAGAAAAAAGAAAGAGACCAUCCUUGUCCUUUGGUUUUAUAAUCUAGUUGGAGAGAUAAGAAAUAUACAAACAAAAAGAUAACAGGAUAUCUGGAGCAUAUCCUCAUUGUCAAAAGUGUGCUCUCAGAGCAUAGAGGAAGCAAAAGCUUCUGGGGGAUAUGAUAGUCAGCUACAGAUUCCUAGAAGAAGCGGACCGUCUAAAAUGAUUCCUGAAUGGGGUAGGUCCUUAGGCUUUCCAAGAGCGGGAGUGAGGGGGCACUAGGCUGAGAAAGGCAUGGAGGUAGGAACCCUUUUCCUAUGACAGUGAGGAGACUAGUCUACUUAGGGUGGAGAGUGUGGGGAAUGGAAGUAAAUAAAUUUGGAAAGCUGAGCGAAGCCACGUCGUGGAGAACUGUUUGAAUAGUAUCCCACUGAACACCAAGAGCCAUUAAAUAUUUUUGACUAGAAAGAAUAAUUGGAAUUCAUAUAGAGGCCUCUCUCACCAGCUGUGCAGUGUCUAUGAGGGUGUGGAAAAAUGGAUCCUACCAAACCCUGGUGGUAGGAAGGAGUUUACAUUGAGUUUGUACGGGUAUGUGGAGGGCCACUUGGUAAUACAUAUAAGCCUUAAAGUAUGUAAACCCUUUGUCCUAAGGAAAUAAUUGAAUAAUUGGCUAAAGACUGUAUGUACAAGGCUAUUCAUCCCAGUACUGUCCAAAACAGUAAGAAUCAGAAGCAACUCUAAGUGUCUAGCACACCGGAUUGGUUCAAUAAAUUGAGGAACGUUCACACGGUAUAUAUGUUAGCUAUGUGGAUUCAAAUCCAUAUUGCCAGGAAAAGAUAUUCAUUCUGCAUUGUUAUAUGAGAAAAGUAGGUUAGAUAGCAGUGUUCGUAGAAUGGUUCCAUUUCUUUUUUGAAUUAGUAAAACAUAUUUUAAGGUAGACACUACUAUGGAAUUAUAGUUAUCUAAACAGUAACUGGUAUAUUUGAGUGGAAGGAUAAUGAGUGAUCUUUACCUUUUUACUUUUUAUUCAUCCACAUGUUCUUAUUUAUAUAAAAUGGAUAUUGGUUUUUUGGAAAUUUUUGAAAAAGGAAGUGUUGGGAAUGAAGCAGGUGGGUGGAGCAUGUACCGAGUAGAAAACAAUUUAGAUUACAAAUGAGAUGGGUUAAAGUUGCCUCUCUGAAAUGCUAGAUGAGUGAUGAAGAUGGGGUUUGUCAUGAAGGUUAAAUUAAAUAAUACAUGCAAAAUACUUAGAAUGUUCUGGCCACAGAGCAGUUAGCUAGGAAAAAUGAGCACCCUUAAUUCCCUAGAAUGCAGGGUUGAUAGUUUUUUGUUUGUUUGUUUUUGUUUUUUUGGUUGACUUUUAUUUUGCUGGGGGCAUUCUGCCAUGUGUCAGUGUCAUUUAAUAAAUAAUAGCAACAAUAAAGGUUAGCAUUUAUUAAG